CCCACGUGUGGCCAUGUCUGUGUGAAGCUCUACAGCCAAGCAACAUGGCAGCAUUCGCAGACAGCCACCUCACCUAAAGUGAACGUGAAUGAAAUAAAAGAGAGGAACGGUCAAAUGGGCAGGUUGGGUCCCCAGAGGUCUGCUGCUCUUCUUUGACGUCUCCCCCAGACCUCUCCCCUCACUAUGGCCAGUGAGGAGGACGAUGACCCCAUCAUACAAGAGAUUGAUGUAUACCUAGCUAAAAGCCUUGCGGACAAGCUAUAUCUGUUCCAGUAUCCAGUACGCCCUUCCUCUAUGACCUAUGAUGAUGUCACUCAUCUAUCUGCCAAGAUCAAGCCCAAGCAGCAGAAGGUGGAGUUGGAGAUGGCCAUUAACACUCUGAGUCCUAACUACUGUCGAAGUAAAGGAGAGCAGAUCGCCCUCAACGUGGACGGAACCACCUCAGAGGACUCCAACACCUACUCUGUGAAGAUGAUGGACAAACAGACGUUCACAUCCAUCCAGUCCACAACCAACACCUCCAGAUACGCUGCUGCUGUCUUCAGGAAAGGGGAGCUCCACAUCACGCCGCUGCAGGGUAUCCUUCAGAUGCGACCCAGCUUCUCCUAUCUGGAUAAGGCUGAUGGCAAACACAGAGAGCGGGAGGCUGCUAACGAAGGGGGAGACUCUUCUCAGGAUGAGGUGGAGGAAGACGUCAAGGCUGUCACUGUGAGGUUUUCCCGUCCUGAGUCGGACCAGGCUCGUCAGCGGCGUAUCCUGUCGUACGACUUCCUUCAGAAGAAACAGGCAGAGGAGCCCUGGGUCUACCUGCACUACCACGGCCUCAACGAUGGCCGUUCGGACCACGAGAGGCAAUACCUGUACUGCCAGGCCAUGGGAGGCUCUGAGAACACAGAACUGGUAAAAACACCAAAGGAGUACCUGGCAAUGCUCAUGCCCCCUAUCACAGAGGAGAAGAUUGUGAGGCCCGUAGGUCCCAGUAACGUGCUGUCCAUGGCCCAGCUCCGGACCCUGCCGCUAGGUGACCAGGUCAAAACCCUGUUGAAGAACGUCAAAGUGAUACCGUUUGCCAACCUGAUGGGUUUGUUGACCCCUGGGACAGACUCCACUGCGGUGCUGCGCUGCAUCCAGCAGGUGGCACUACUGGUGCAGGGUAACUGGGUGGUCAAGAGUGACGUGCUGUAUCCUAAGAACAGCUGUAGUCCCCACAGUGGUGUGCCUGCUGAGGUGCUGUGUCGAGGAAGAGACUUUGUGAUGUGGAGAUUCACUCAGGAGCGCUCAGUGAUGAGGAAGGAGGUCACAGCCAUCAUCAAGCUCCUGCCGGAGGAUGUGAAGGACUUCUUGGAACACAUGGCGGUGCCUCGUAUAAACCGUGGCUGGGAGUUCCUGUUGCCAAGCGACAGUGACUUCAUCAAAAAGCACCCUGACGUGGCCCAGCGGCAGCACAUGCUGUGGAUUGGGAUACAGAGCAAAUUGGAGAAGGUCUUCAACUUCUCUAAGGAGGACCUGGUAUCCAAAAAGGACCCACAAACAGAAGCUAUGCACGUGAGUGGCGAGCAGCGUCUGAAGGCAGCCCAUGAGCGUGCACGACAGAACCAGCCCUCUCUUCAGAAGGACCUGAGCGCUCGUCGACAGGGAAAGGGUGGAGCCGGACCGAGCGGUGGAGCCGCGGUCAGAGUCAAAGAGGAACCUGUCAGCGACGGUGAAGACGAACCCAUGGACACAUCCUCUUCCUCCUCCGCUCUCCCUAACGGGUUGGUAAACGGUUACCCAUCCGCCGCCACUUCCGCUGCCUUGAAUCCUCAUAACGGGCACGGCGGGACUCCCAUGCCCUCACCGUCACCUGAGCUGAGGGACUUUGUGUGGAACAUGUUCAGGAAGCAGCAUGUGCUGACGCUGAGCGAAGUCAAGAGGCUGUUCAACCUCCACCUGGCCUCCCUGCCUCCCGGAGACAGCCUGUUCCACUCCAUCUCAGACCGCCUGCUACAGGAUACUAUACUGAUGAGCCACUGCAAACAGAUACUGGUGCCUUUUCCAGCCCAGAGCACAGCAGCUGCUGAUGAGCAGAAGGUGUUUGCUGUGUGGGAGACAGGAGAGACCUUCGACAAGCAUCGUCAGGUCCUGUAUGAGAUCUUCAUGAAGAACUACCGGGUGAGGAGGAACGUGAUCCAGACCAGGCUGACGCAGGAGAUGGGAGACCAGGUUACCAAGGAUGAUGUGGACCGCCUGCUUAAGGAGUGCUGUGUGAGCUUUGGAGGGAUGUGGUACCUCAAGGGUACCCUACAGUCCUGACAACGUUGAGGACAUGCCCCUGUGGCCACCAUCAACCAACCAAACCCACUCCCCCAGAGCCUAGUGGGAGGGCUCUGUACGGGGAGGCGGGACAGCCAGACACACAAACCAAUUGUAGCCCUCCUGCCCCCAGCUCUCCGGACUGGGAUUGGAGGAAUGAGAUGUCCGUCAUUUGCUCCGGUCAGAACAUGACACUUGUUGUUAAUUAAUGCAGCUAAAGAAGUCACUUCUAAGCUCGGCCCAAACGGAGCCGAUCUGUUGGACAGAAGACCUUCCAUAUUCAUGCUAAGGGCUGGAGCAGGAGCAGAGGAGAUGUAUAUGACUGAGACAAUACUGAAAAAGUUGGAGGUGAUGUACAAUGCCAUUAUUUCCCAAUCUGUUUCUCUAGUACCCCCCAGAACUGCUAAUUUUUGCUCUAGCCCAGAACCGGUACACUUGAUCCAACUAAUGUAGGUGGGCUGGUUCAGGGUCUGAGCACAAAUGUGCAGUCCUGGAGGUACUCGAGGAAUGGAUCGGGGAACACUAUACCAAAAGUUUUGAGAAUGACACACACAUUCAUUUUCACAAAUCUGCUGCCUCAUUUUGUAUGAUGGCAAUUUGCAUAUAUUCCAGAAUGUUAUGAAGAGUGAUCAGAUGAAUUGCAAUUAAUUGCAAAGUCCCUCUUUGCCAUGCAAAUGAACUGAAUCCCCCAAAAACAUUGCCACUGCAU